UGUAGGGCUCACCACGGGCGCCAAUGCACGUGCGUGCAUGUUUACAUCUGUAUUCGUGUGCAUGUGUAUGUCCGUGUGUGCAUGCAUGUGCUCGCGCCCACGAAGAGAGUGAACGUCAAGCCGCUCGCUAGGGUGAACAGAAACAUUUUACGCUAUUUAACGGAUUUCAUGCUCAAGUGUCAAAGCGAUCGGCGUCCUUGCUGUAAUCAGCGAAGGGUUGUAUUAAUAGAACGGCGAUUCACUAUUUUGCAAAAUUUUUCUUAGAAUCGAUUUCGUAGCUCUUUGCUUCGUCGGCGAUGUUAAGUCCGAUGUGUAUAAAGUACGAACCGCGAAGUUGCUGGUUAUCGUCACAAUAGGCAAAUUAUUCGCUUGUAUUUUUUUCAGCCAAAGUUUCUAAAUAUAAGUAUAUAUAAUAUGAAACUGCUCUGUCUCUCUCUCUCUCAGUUGCUUUUGCGACAUAUAUGUCGAAAUUUCUGCCAAUAACGCAACACGCGGGAAGCAUAGUACUCAAAGAUUUCUUGCAGUAACUCUUCAAGGAAGUGCAUGUUGUGAAAUGUUUAUUUGUUAUGUACUUCUUUCACUGGGAAUUGAAGCUUUUAUUAACACAAAAUAAUCGUGCUGCGGAAGAGGCGCGUCAGCAGAUGCUAGCGAAAGAUCCGCCGGAGAUCUCAUGGGAGAAUACACUGGGCUCGCCCAACGGCGUGCCCUUCGACGACGACACGAAAGAGCUGCUGAGGAAAUGUCUCGACGUCUCCGUGCCGCCGCCGACUAACGUGGCGGAGCUAAUCAGACGAAGCAAUGCGUUCCCCACGAAGUUUCCAAUUAACACCGUAAGAUGUGCCGCUUUGAAGGACAGGGGGAUUGGCGCGGAUGCUAUCGAGUUGAAUGCAAAUUCGGUAUAUCCGUUGAUACACGAAGCGAUGUUGCCCUUGAUUGCGCGAUGGUUGAAACAAAAGCGGUUGUACGGUAGCUCUGUUGAGAAAAUUAUGUACGCGGACAUGGGCCUCGUCCAAUUCAUUCAUCGCCUACUGGAUAAAAGGGCGGCUUCCUUCGGCGGUCCUAAUGAUCGAUGGAAAUUACUCGAUAACAAGAGUGGCUUCGACGGAUGGGAAAGCGUCGGCACCGAUCACGAGAAGGAACCAUUGGUCCUAUCGAAAUGCUUGAGCUACGACGAGAUGAAACUGUCGGCAAUGAUGGUGGUGUCGUCUCACACGGAGUUCAUAAACGACGGCUCACGAAAUAAUAAAGGUAUCGUGAGCCGUGACCCAGACGCCGUCCAACCCAAAGGGAUUAUUAUGGGUGUUGUAGGCACAAGAUUCGAAAAGUCCCGAGUUAUGGAAUAUCAAGACAUUAUCAUCGCGCCACAGCAAAACAAUAUGGAUAACGGAUACGGAUCCGCGAUGGAUGGCACAUUCGAGGGAAAACGCGGGAUGCGUGUUUUAUGGGCCAAAUUUUACGGCGAGGAUUAUCACCCGCUCUUCGAGGAAACCGUGAAACGCAUGAAGUCGAAAGAGAACAGGCGAUAUGUAUCGUUGGGCAAGUUACUCGUUGGUCAGUUAAUCUUCGAUAUCGAGAACUACAUGAAGAGAACCUUGCUCUCCGUAGAAAUAAUACUACUCGAGGCGAACAGCCGCGCCGAGAAGCAAAACACGACGGCUUUCUUACACGUGAUUGGCUUUGGCCUCGGUGUCCGGAGAAUAAUUCAGGAUCAGGAAGUCUACUUCCUGAAAACGUUCGAGAUCGCCAUCAGGAAAAUGAAUAAGAAGCUCAAGUAUGUCUCUGACAUCAUGUUCGCUUAUUUCCAGCAACAGAAAUGCGGCGGUGCGGGAAACGGCGAUUAUCUGGGCGAUAUAAAGAUACAUUUUGCUCUGAGAGAACCACACAGCAGACUGAUCCGAGCCAAAGACGCGAGUAAACUCCUCGUUGUAACCUACGCUUGGGAUGGAAAUGCAUUGCCAGGGAAUGAAUUUUGGGUAGGAUGUCUAGAAACCAGCAGCGCUCCAGCUGCCGCGUGCAGCACUCAAAUAGCCGAGCUGCAUAACUCCAAAAUCAAUCCACGUGCGUGCGGCGCCAGCUUGCACGUCGCAUCCGCGGAGCAUGGAAUCCUGCACAUAUCGGAUUACGCGAAGCUCCAUCUUACUUAGGUAACCCUCGAUAAGCGCCUCCUUAUCGACGCUGGUCUUCCUUGCUGAAACCGAAGUUCGAUUUUGCGAUCCACUGGAACUAUAAAUAGUGUUGCCUUUAUAUUGUCAACACACACCUUUAUUCAUUUGAGAAAAAAAUCUCGCUUUUUUUCUUACCUUUGUAUUUCAUUAGAAGAAAUACAUAAUAAUCGAUAAUAUAUUGCAAGUACUUACCAGGAAAUAUUCGAUUAUCGAAAAAAUUGAA